AUGUCUUCCCCAGGCCGCCCCGACUCCCCCCCAACUCUUAAUCCUCCACCAUCCUCCCCUCUUCCCCUCCUGCCUCCCUUCCGCGCUGCCUCAGGGACAUCCAGACCGACAGCAACCGACACAGCGCGGCAGCAAGGCGUCCUGCUUGGUCUUUUGUCAAGCGUUUGUCGAGUGAUUGAAAGCUUGUACCAAGAUCUCCGGUUUCUGGAGAGAAGAUUCGGUGGGGAUUCUGUGCGCGCGUCGAAGCAGCAGCUGGAAGAACGCAGGAAGAGGGUGAGGAUUGUGUGGAAAACGGUGGAAAAACACCCCGGGUUGGCGUGGGAGGGAGAGGUGGUGAGGUUGUGCGAGAGGAUGUUGGGGGAUAUCUUGAAAGGUGAGGGAAGGGGCUACAGGGGGCGGAUGGGUCUUGGCGCGCGCAAGCUGGUGGGCGUGGGGGUAGAUGUAUACCACCCAUUCAUCAAUAACGGAGAGAGCACCACCACCUUCAUGGUGCCAUGGGGAGAAUACCUUGGAACCUUCACAGGAACUAUUACGGACGUUGAAGAGGAAGUAGACAAGGCGGUAAAGAAGCUGAACGCCAAUGACCGGAAAACUUCCGGCACAUAUGGUGGUGCCGGCCCGGGAGGAGGAGUGAGGAUAGAAUCGUUGAUGCGGCCACUAGGGUGA